AUGGGAAUUAUAGAACUGGGAAAAAAACUUUAUUUUCCGGACGGAAAAUCUUCCAAGGGUACUGAAGAUAAAUUCUCUUUCGAGUUGGUAGAUUCAUCCAAUAACCUUGUUUCUCCAGAGAAAACCAUCCUGGAAAUGCUCGAAGAGAAUUCUCCAAAGGUUCCCAGAAUUUAUCUUAAAACUGAGAGAGUGGAUACUUUUGUAAAUGAUAAUAAACAACUUGAGUGUGAAUUUAAAAAUACCUUGCUUGCUAAAGAUAAAGUCGUGCAAUCGAUAACAAGUGACGAACAAAUUAUUCUUUACGCUGAUACGGUUUCAAAGAAAGCGGCAAAACAAGAACCAGCAAAGAAUUGUAAAGAGCAAAAGGAAGAAAAGAAAGAAGAACAGUCUUUGGAAAAUAUGUUAAAUGAAGUUGAAGAAGAAAUUUCAAAAAAAUAUAUUAAUAGUAAGAGUACAAAUAAACUAAAUCCAGAAAGUUUUGUUAUUGUAGAGUACGAAAAUAGUUUUUAUCCAGGACAAAUUAAAAAAGGAAAAGACAAAAACGAAGGAAUUUUAGUUUCAACCAUGAUCAAAAGUGGAGUUAAAGAUUGGAAAUGGCCUGAAGAAACAGAUGAGCUAUUUUAUACUAAAGAUCAAAUAAAAGAAGUAAUUGGGGAACCUAUAAAAAAAAAUUCGAGAGGUGCCUACAUGGUGCCAGAAAUGUCAAAAUAUGAGGACUUCAAAAUAUUUUAG